AUGCGCACUCACACGGGAGAGAGGCCUUAUGCGUGCGAUAUAUGUGAACACAGAUAUACCACCCUCGGUUAUCUCAAGGUACACAUGCGCACUCACACAGGAGAGAAACCGUUUGCAUGUGAGAGAUGUGAAUAUAAGUGUUUUACGUCUGCUAGGCUUAAGUCACACAUGCGCACUCACACGGGAGAGAAGCCGUUUGCAUGUGAGAGAUGUGAAUAUAAGUGUUCUACGUCCGCUAUGCUUAAGUCACACAUGCGCACUCACACGGGAGAGAGGCCGUAUGCGUGCGAUAUAUGUGAACACAGAUAUAGGACCCUCGGUCACCUCAAGGUACACAUGCGCACUCACACGGGAGAGAAACCGUUUGCAUGUGAGAGAUGUGAAUAUAAGUGUUAUACGUCCGGUAUGCUUAAGUCACACAUGCGCACUCACACAGGAGAUAGGCCGUAUGCGUGCAAUAUAGGAGAGAAACCGUUUGCAUGUGAGAGAUGUGAAUAUAAGUGUUCUACGUCCGGUAUGCUUAAGUCACACAUGCGCACUCACACGGGAGAGAAACCGUACGUGUGCGAUAUAUGUGGAUACAGAUAUAAGACCCUCGAUACUCUCAAGGUACACAUGCGCACUCACACGGGAGAGAAACCGUUUGCGUGCGACACAUGUGAAUACAAGUGUACGACCUCCAGUGACCUCAGGAAACAUAUGCGCAUUCACACAGGAUAAAAGCCGUACGUGUGCGACAAGUGUGGAUGCAAGUUUACUGCCUGCAGUUCACUGAGUAGACACUGGCACUGAAAUAAAUUCCAGAAUAACGAUCCGAUGCAAUAUGAUAGUAUUAGUAAACAACCGUUUUGCUGUAGCGUUGUUACCUUACACCUCAUCGGUUAUUCUGCUGAAAUAUAAAAGUGUAUUCUCUACUGCAGGUGGUGUUUUUAACCUGGGGAGGGAGAGUUUGGUGCCUGACAAUGCCAACAUAUUAGUUUUUCUUUAGACUAACUAUACAAAGUAUAGAAGCAUAGCGCUGCCUCAGAGGAGACAUAUUGUGACCUAACUUCCUAAGGUGGACUACCGACUAGUGGUGCUGUAUCUUUAGUUUAUAGAUGAGCUAGUUUUACUGAGCUUUCUGGCGGAUUGAGUAGACGUGGAUUCAUUCUGUGACAUUCUGUUCGUUCUAUUUGAUUUUGUUCUCGUUUCAAUAUAGAUGUUGUUUUGUUGA